AUGGAAGAUGCACACAUCAACAUAUUGGCGAAUUUUCCGGCUGAUCAAAUCAUUUAUUCUACCGGCCUUGACAUGUACUUUGCAAACAACGCAGGAAAAAACCACACCAUCUACGUUCAGGAUACGAAGAGAUUCAUCAGCAUGGCAUCUGUAUCACCUCUUUCCAAGCGAGGAGACGGCCCAUUUUGCCAUAGUUACCAACAUGUCUGGGUUCCUCAAAGUGGACAUUGGUAUACCAACUGGCGGCCAGCUGAGUCCAAUCCUCGUUGCCUUUAUACAGGGGACUCAGAGUCUGGAGGUUCUUUAACGAUAGACGUUUCCUUCAUCUUCUCAAUCUCAGAGUCAAUCUCUUUGGAGUGGAACGUUAUCAAAGACGUACUAGGGGCUACUGUUGGCCUGACUAUCACGGAUAGUUGGUCCAAAGCUACUCAUGUGCAAUGUUCAGUAUCAAAGAACAGCGUAGUCCAGGUUUGGUUUGAGCCGUUAGUUGCCUGGGGUUGGUUCUGGGGUGAGAACUGCCAAUCUUGUGGGCAAUUUGGAACUUCAUGUUCAUCGGGGUAUGUAAUUGGUGGCCAGACGACGCCUGUGGACCAGUAUUACAACUCGGGCUGUACAACUGGAUAUGAUAAGGUGCAAUGUUAG